CGACAAGUUGGCCUUCGUAAUCGACGUGACCGUCCUUCUCAUUUAUUUCCUAUUCAUAGUGACAAUCCUCUGAGAAGAUUGAGGUACGUCCCGUUUCCACAAGUAGCAUCGCUGAUGCAAAAACCACCACCGAGUGAUGCUACAUCACCGGUGUCAUUUCCUCUGCAACUACCACCACCUAAUCCAGGUCUCUAUCACUCGGCGACGGUCGCACUGGGACAACAGCCUCCGUUGUUUCAGAUAUUGAUGUCUGCCGAAAAAUGCCAGGAGUUUGUAUGGGACACUCGAUUGCAGCCGGACGAGACACUAGACCGAUUGGAGACUGAAGCGAGUCACAGUCCUACAAGACCGCUGCCCAAUUUCAGUCCUACUUGGGAAAUACUUCAGGAAACGACGGCGAGACUAUUAUUCAUGGCAGUAAAAUGGGUCCGAUGUUUAGUACCCUUUCAAACUUUAUUCAAAGAUGACCAACUUGGUCUGCUGCAGCAAACUUGGACGCAGUUGUUUCUUUUACAUCUGGCCCAGUGGUCAGUUUCUUGGGACAUCACGGCAUUACUAGAUGAUGAACAAGUUCGCAGAAGGCUUCCUGAUGAAACUUCAAGACAAGAACUUAAUACUAUACAAGACAUCAUGUCACGGUUUCGUCAAUUGUCGCCUGAUGGUGGAGAAUGCGGUUGCAUGAAAGCCAUUGUUUUAUUCAGGCCAGAAACUAAAGGACUGACAGACCCGAAGCCCGUUGAAAUGCUUCAAGAUCAAGCCCAAUGUAUCCUAAAUGACUACAUAAGGUCACGUUAUCCCCGACAACCGGAGCGUUUCGGUAGAUUUCUAUUAUCUCUACCCAUGCUACAUGUCGUGAAACCAUCGACUGUUGAAUUAUUGUUUUUCCGCGAGACUAUUGGGGAAAUACCAAUCGCGCGUUUACUUGGUGACAUGUAUCAAAUGGACCAUCAUUCAGAAGAAUACAAACAGGACCCGGAUUUUAGCAUGAUGAAUCUGCAAAAAGCGACGGAUUUAAAAAAGUAA